AUGGCUUCCGCGGUACAUUUCGGGCCAGGCAACUCUGGCUUUCAGGCCGGAGUAAUCAACGGUUCGGCCAAUACCGAAUUUCAUCACCAUGUCCCGCCAGAACGGCCAGAAACUCCACCAAAUCCAUCGUCCAUCAUUCCCUUUGGCCAGGACAACGACUUCAUCCAGCGAGGCAACACACUCGAUCGUAUCCACCAAGCAUCUGCCACCCCCGGUACACGUAUCGCGCUCGUAGGCCUGGGCGGCGUUGGAAAAUCGCAGCUAGCCAUCGAAUACGCGUACCAAGUCCGACAGCGAUCACCGGAUACCUGGGUUUUCUGGGUCCACGCAAGUAACGCAACGCGAUACAAACAAAGUUUCCGGGAGAUCGCCGAUCAUGUCAAGAUACCCGGGCGAGACGAACCGCAGAGCAAUAUCUUCCAGCUUGUGUGCGGCUGGCUACGUGGUGGGAGGGACAGAAGGUGGAGACUCAUUCUCGAUAAUGUCGAUGAUGCCGGCUUCCUUCUCGAGCCUCCAAGCCGUAACGAGGAUGGCCAAACUGGACAUGCGGAUGGACGGCUUGUCGAUUAUCUCCCGAAUUGCGAGAACGGAUCCGUACUGGUCACGAGCCGAAGCAUGAGCGCGGCCGAAGAUCUUGUGGAGCCAUACAGUAUCAUUCAGGUCGAACCUAUGAGCGAGGCCGAAGCGAUAGCACUUGUCGAGAAAAAGCUCAGACCGGAGCAGGACAGCAAGAACACCACGGCGCUCGCCGCCGCACUCGAACGUAUGCCGCUAGCUAUUGUCCAAGCGACAGCCUACAUCUCCAAGAAAGCUCCUCGUUGUUCUGUGCGACAAUACCUCGAAAAGUUUGAGCAGAGUGAUCAGAAAAAAGCGAGUCUCCUCGAUUAUGACGCCGGUAAGUUACGGCGAGAUAGAGAGGCCAGAAACUCGAUCAUCAUCACGUGGCAAAUCUCAUUCGACCACAUCCGUCGAACCAGACCAUCUGCAGCCGACCUGCUUUCGCUCAUGAGCUUCUAUGAUCGCCAAGGUAUUCCUGAGAGCCUCCUACAGAGUCCGGACGAGAAGGAACGCCCCACGAGUACACCAAACCGACACCAACGGAGCCCUGCUUUGCACGGUUCGGCCAGCGACCAAGAAUCAAGCGAAGAAGACGUCGAAUCGGAUUCUAGCAUGGAUAAUCAGUUCGAAAUGGAUGUCUCAACAUUGCGCGACUACUCGUUCAUCUCUACAGUUGAGGACGGAAGGACAUUUGAAAUGCACAGCUUGGUCCAGCUGGCUACGAGACAAUGGCUUGAAGCCGCGGGACGGCAAGAGCAAUGGAAGUCUCAGUUUAUCCGUCGCCUCGACGCCCAGCUCCCGACCGGAGCAUAUGAGAACUGGGCAAUAUGCCGGGCGCUUCUGCCGCACGCCGUAUCGGCAGGAGCGCAGCGGCCGAAAGACAGAGUCUCAUUGGAGGCAUGGACUUCGAUCCUUUAUAAAGCUGCGUGGUAUCUUCAGCAAAUGGGCCAGGGGCCUGAGGCGCAAAGCAUGGCGGAGGAUGCGAUGAAGUACAGAACAAAGAUACUUGGGAGGACGCACGAGGAAAGUCUUGCUGCCAUCGAGAUGGUAGGCCAAGUGUGUAACCUAAGAGGUCAAUGGAGCCCAGCGGAGAAGCUGUUUGUGGAAGUGAUGGAGACGAGCAAGCAGAAACUCGGGCCGGAUCAUCCAGACACGCUAACCAGCAUGGCCAACCUGGCGUCGACGUACUGGAAUCAAGGCCGAUGGGAGGAGGCGGAGAAGCUGUUUGUGGAAGUGAUGGAGACUCACAAGCAGAAACUCGGGCCGGAUCAUCCUUCCACGCUCACCAGCAUGGCCAACCUGGCGUCGACGUACAGGAAUCAAGGCCGAUGGGAGGAGGCGGAGAAGCUGGACGUGGAAGUGAUGGAGACUCACAAGCAGAAACUCGGGCCGGAUCAUCCUUCCACGCUCACCAGCAUGGCCAACCUGGCGUCGACGUACUGGAAUCAAGGCCGAUGGGAGGAGGCGGAGAAGCUGGAGGUGGAAGUGAUGGAGACUCGCAAGCAGAAACUCGGGCCGGAUCAUCCUUCCACGCUGACCAGCAUGGCCAACCUGGCGUCGACGUACAGGAAUCAAGGCCGAUGGGAGGAGGCGGAGAAGCUGGAGGUGGAAGUGAUGGGGAUGAGCAAGCAGAAACUCGGGCCGGAUCAUCCAGACACGCUCACCAGCAUGGCCAGCCUGGCGUCGACGUACUGGAAUCAAGGCCGAUGGGAGGAGGCGGAGAAGCUGGAGGUGGAAGUGAUGGAGACUCGCAAGCAGAAACUCGGGCCGGAUCAUCCUUCCACGCUGACCAGCAUGGCCAACCUGGCGUCGACGUACAGUAAUCAAGGCCGAUGGGAGGAGGCGGAGAAGCUGGAGGUGGAAGUGAUGGAGACUCGCAAGCAGAAACUCGGGCCGGAUCAUCCUUCCACGCUGACCAGCAUGGCCAACCUGGCGUCGACGUACUGGAAUCAAGGCCGAUGGGAGGAGGCGGAGAAGCUGGAGGUGGAAGUGAUGGGGAUGAGCAAGCAGAAACUCGGGCCGGAUCAUCCUUCCACGCUGACCAGCAUGGCCAGCCUGGCGUCGACGUACUGGAAUCAAGGCCGAUGGGAGGAGGCGGAGAAGCUGGAGGUGGAAGUGAUGGAGACUCGCAAGCAGAAACUCGGGCCGGAUCAUCCAGACACGCUGACCAGCAUGGCCAACCUGGCGUCGACGUACAGGAAUCAAGGCCGAUGGGAGGAGGCGGAGAAACUGUUUGUGGAAGUGAUGGGGAUGAGCAAGCAGAAACUCGGGCCGGAUCAUCCUUCCACGCUCACCAGCAUGGCCAGCCUGGCGUCGACGUACUGGAAUCAAGGCCGAUGGGAGGAGGCGGAGAAGCUGUUUGUGGAAGUGAUGGAGACUCGCAAGCAGAAACUCGGGCCGGAUCAUCCUUCCACGCUGACCAGCAUGGCCAACCUGGCGUCGACGUACAGGAAUCAAGGCCGAUGGGAGGAGGCGGAGAAGCUGGAGGUGGAAGUAAUGGAGACGAGCAAACAGAAACUCGGGCCGGAUCAUCCUUCCACGCUGACCAGCAUGGGCAACCUGGCGUCGACGUACUGGAAUCAAGGCCGAUGGGAGGAGGCAGAGAAGCUGGACGUGGAAGUGAUGGAGAUGAGCAAGCAGAAACUCGGGCCGGAUCAUCCAGACACGCUGACCGGCAUGGCCAACCUGGCGUCGACAUACAGGAAUCAAGGCCGAUGGGAGGAGGCGGAAAAGCUGGAGGUGGAAGUGAUGGAGACGAACAAACAGAAACUCGGGCCGGAUCAUCCUUCCACGCUGACCAGCAUGGGCAACCUGGCGUCGACGUACUGGAAUCAAGGCCGACUACCAGAAGCUCUUGAUGACGACGACUACUGGUGGCCAUUGGUCGCUGCAAAUAUCGCGGAAAAACGGAGGCGCAAUGCCACAUUCUUACCGCCGCUCAUCCACCCCGAGAGCGGGCGUGAGAUCAGCUUCUUGUAUACGCCUCACACCUCCAUGGCUUCGGUGUUGGAGAGACCCAAAUUCGCCAACACGGGAUGGUGA